GAUUACCAACAAACAAUGCAAACUAUUCAAAUGACAGUUUUAGGACAUCGUCUACCCCUAAAGGUUCCUCCAAAAGUGGAAGUUAAAAAAUAUCCUAAACUGGCAUAUGAUAUCAUAAAAAGACCUGAAUUGCCAGCACACGCUAAGAAACCAUCUAAAGUAGGACGACCGCUGGCCUUGUAUUUUCAACCGAAAGACAAAGAUGAAAUAACAAAAGCCUUUGAACUUCAGAAGAGGGUUAAUGCAGCCGUGAAUAUCCAUGACUUAUUCUCAGGAUAUAUCAAUCGGAAUGAUCUCUUGAAGUUUCUAUCAAUUCAGAGUGAAAAAUACUUGAACCUAUGGGAGAGACAUUUGCAAAGAGAAAGGCAAAAUGAACUGCACAAAAAUGCACUCAUGUGGAUUUAUAGCCGACCACAAAACAUGGAAAUGAAGACAAGGCAAAAAUAUCUGCGCAAGAGAAAGAUUCAACACAAAAUCGAUAGAAGACGGAAAUUCCUAUCAUAUCAAAGACGUUUGCAGAAGUUCAAUGCUGUAUGUGCUCGAAGACUGGAGAAGGUAAGACCACAUAAGGAUCUUUUAGAUGCUUUUCAACCUAAGAAGACAGGUCCAUCUGCUUAUGAAAGGAAAAUGGCAGCCAUCUUCAUUCAGAAGUAUAUCAAAGGCUGGCUUGUGCGUACUAAAUACAACAGAAUUAAAAUCAAGUCUGUAGACCAUGGAGCAUCCCUUUUACUCGUGGUAAAACAAUAUCGCAAUAUGAUGACCCGCCUGCGAAGACGCUUUAAUGCUCCCCAGGAACAAAUACCAUUAGUGUUUUCAGAACUGGAAGACUGGCUUGACAAGAAGAAAAAAUAUGAAGAUCUGUUUACAAAGAGAGCAUUUCAGAAAUUUAUAACUCGGAAUGAAUUAAUAAAUUUGUUUGAGGACUGCAACCAUUAUCCUUCCCAGCAUGAUAUUAAAAGAAUCUGGGCAUUGAUUAACAAAGACUCCUCUGUGAAGCUGCCUGACAAAUUGAAAAAGCAUCAAGUGUUAGAAUUGGCAUUUACGAUGUAUCCACCUCUUGGAGCCAGAUUGGAUAAUAGGUCCAUUCACCUGUCAACAUGGAGAAAGCCAAUAGUGGAAGGAGAAGAGGGACAGAAAUACAUAUUGUACAAGCACCCGAUCCUAAAGAAAGCUGAUAUCCAGGUUGUUGGUGAUUUGAUAGCAAAAUCAUUUCUUGAAAGAGAACAGUCCAAAGUUUGAUCCAGAAACAUUUGACCACAUUUUAAGGAGCAGUCAACACAUUGUCUGUUUAGCCUGGGGUUUGAAUCAUCCUCAGGAAAGUAAGAUGUCUAUUUUAUUCCUUGACGAUGCAAAACUAAUCAAAAAAUUAUUGAAGCAAAAAAAACCAAGAAAUUACCUUAAACACAUUGCUUUGUAAGACUUAAUGUGACAAAGAGAACAUGAUUUCUAAACUGAAAUAUUAAAUACAGUAUUUUAUCUUA